GGGACGGUGACAGAGGCUGGUGUGGCAGGGACGAGUGUCCACACCUCACCAAGUACCUCAGAAGAUGCAGUGGAGGACAAAGCAACACAUAUUCAUAUCCAGGAUGGUUGUGUAGGCACGUAUGAUAUCUUCCUUAAAAGUUGCCACUAACAUGUGAACACUGAUGUACAUUUCUAGCCAGUUUAGCACUUGGAGUAAAUUUAAGUCUUAAAUAAAGCAGAGGCAGAAUUUCUUUAAACCUUGUAAGUGGUGCUGCACAGAAUGGUGGAGUUCACGAGUAUAACCUGAGAUGGUUUCUGAGUUCCUUGAGGUGAGGUCUGAGUUAUCUGGCCCAUACAAACAUUUUCUGCUCGUAGUGGGGAAAGCAGCCGAGUGAUCUCCCUGCAUGGACCAGAUUGUUACCUCACUCUGUUCACAUCUUUGGUCCGAGAGUUACCCAAACAUGCCAGUUAUUCACUUGUUCACACAGGACUCCCAAGCAACGCAAAGUAUUGGGAUGAAUAAAUAUUCCUAGGAAGGUAUGAAGCUUGAUGAAGUAAAAAUUUGCCAGUGUCAUAAGCAAAAAAGUUGUUUCAUUUGUGUCUUUUUUUUCCUGUAGGCAAAAAAAAAAUUUGGGUUCAUUGCUGACUCACUGAAGAAAUCAUAUAAGCCUGGCAUGUUAUUAGAAAGUGUGUUAGGUCUUUAAAACACUGACAUAGAUACAAAGAAUUAAUUGAACUGAGUAGUCAGAGAUACUAGAGGUAUUUACUUCUUUUAUUUAAAGGGAAAUGAGAGAAACCUACUGGAACAUUUUGGAAUUAAACUAGAAAAAAAUUAAAUUGUUUCCACAGUAUAAAAGUGUACUUUGAGGAGUUUGAACAGGGUCUCCCUUCUAGUUACUUUAACUUGCCUGAAGUCCUCUCAGACAGAUACUCAAAAGUUGGAGUCCCUGCUUCUCUGCAGUGAAAAAGGGUCUUGAGUUUUUGAAUGCCAGAAAGGCUCAUCUUUCCUUUGUAUAUCUGGGGCGGGGGGCGGGACACUCCUCACGGCGCAGUUUUUAGAUCUGUGUGGCUGAUGGCAUGUGGGCACCUGACAGCUCUGUCUCAUUCAAGCUUCACUCGCUCGGGAUGUAGGACUGCUGCCCUCAUGCUCCACGGCUGUUCCACAGUCCCCCGGUAGCUCCACACCCUUCACACCUUUCAGCUUUGCUGAUAAUGAACCAGGGCAGGGAAGAGGGAGUUUAACAGGUGGGGUGUUGCUCUCCUCCUGGGUUCAGCCCUGCACUCCUCGUGCUUUUCCUUUACUCAGGCCAAACUUUCACUCAGAGGUCAAGUGGAGUCAAGAAGAAGUCUAAAGCAGUUUUGCCUGGGAUUUAAGGAGGAGGCUCCAUAGCAGUAAAGUAAGUUCAAGGUUAGAAAUCUGAAGCAAUGGGUGACUGGAGCUUUCUGGGGAGACUGUUAGAGAAUGCGCAGGAGCACUCCACGGUUAUUGGCAAGGUUUGGCUGACGGUACUGUUUAUCUUCAGGAUCCUGGUGCUGGGGGCUGCUGCUGAGGAGGUCUGGGGAGACGAGCAGUCGGACUUUACGUGCAACACUCAGCAACCUGGUUGCGAAAAUGUUUGCUAUGACAAAGCCUUCCCCAUUUCUCACAUCCGCUUCUGGGUGCUGCAGAUCAUUUUUGUCUCCACUCCGACCCUCAUCUACCUGGGCCAUGUCCUGCACAUUGUACGCAUGGAGGAGAAGAGGAAAGAGAAAGAGGAGCUGAAAAAGAAGGGAAGCAGCAAAGAUGGCAACUACCCAGUAGCAGCAGCAUCUGGCAGCGGUGGUGGAGGAGGCAGUAAUAAUGCCAAAGAUCAAUCUAUUGUCAAAAGGGGGAAGGAGAAGCUCCCAAUCCGUGACGAACGUGGCAGAAUCCGUAUGGGGGGUGCCUUGCUCCGUACCUAUGUCUUCAAUAUCAUAUUCAAGACACUGUUUGAGGUGGGCUUCAUUGUGGGCCAGUACUUCCUAUAUGGCUUCGAGCUAAAGCCGGUCUACCAGUGCAGCCGCUCACCUUGUCCACACACUGUGGACUGCUUCAUCUCGAGGCCCACUGAGAAGACAAUCUUCAUCAUCUUCAUGUUGGUGGUGGCCUCAGUCUCCCUGCUGCUGAACAUGCUUGAGAUAUAUCACUUGGGGUGGAAGAAGCUUAAGCAGGGCAUGACAAGCCAGUACAUCCUAGAGAUGCCUGUCGCAACAAUGACACCAGUUAUGGUAACAGGGGAGUCCAAACCUGUUUCCCUGCCUCCGCCAGCACCACCAGUGGUGGUCACGGCUGCCACACCGGCCCCCGUUCUGCCUGACACCCGCGCUGUCACACCGCUGCUGGCCCCAGUGACCAUGGCAUCGUACUAUGCCACAGCUGCUCCAAGACCACGGCCCCCCUCCAACACGACGUCCAUGGCAAGCUAUCCUGCUGCUCCCCAAGUUCCUGAGGAGAGGCACCGUGCUGUGACUCCCACGCCCAUCUCCACUCCCGUCACCAUCCCGACCCCCAUCCCCACGCCCACGCCAGCCGUCAUCAACUACUUCAACAGCAGCAGCCGUGCCCUGACAUCCGAGCAGAACUGGGCCAACGUGGCAGCUGAGCACCAGGGGAAGGUUUCCUCCAGCUCAGCAGGCUCCUCUACCCCCAGCAGCGUCCGGCAUCCCCUUCCUGAGCAGGAAGAGCCACUGGAGCAGCUACUCCCACCCCCGGCUGUGCUGCCCAUUGCUGCAGCCAACAGCGGCAGCAGCGCCAGCCUGAGCGGGGCGAGCGGCAGCAAGUGGGAUGUGGAGGGCGAGGUGGAGCUGUCGGGGGCACGGCCCGUCUCGGCGGCCUGCACCACGGUGGAGAUGCACGAGCCACCGCUGCUCGUAGACGCGCGGCGCCUGAGCAGGGCCAGUGAAGCUCGGGGGGAGAAAUGUAACUCUAUUGCAACCCCUAAGAGAAGUCUGAGAGAGCAGCCUCUGCAUCCAGGCAGUCCUGGUCUGAGAAAGCAAAACUACAGCUCACAGGUUGCGCUUUUAAGAUCAGCUUAAGUUCCAUCACGUAUCUAUGCAACGUCAAGCCUCUUCAUUGCCUACAGUUUCAUUUGGACUCCAGUAACUGUUUCUUCAUUUAAGCCAGGUAACUGUUGGAGCAGAACUCCUCCUUAGAGCUUACAACUGCUUGUAGUUGCCAUGUCACAUCUGGAUUUGGAUUUGUUGAAAGAAAAAUCUUACUGGUGUGGCUGAUUUUGAGGACUUUAAUCUUUACUCAUGAAUGAUCACUGAAUUCAGCAUCCUGUGAGUCAAGUGCUGAAUUCUGUGUAGAAUUCUGCAGUUCUAGAAAAUAUGUAUGAACACCCACUGACUUGCAGAAUAGAGUCUAUUGGCAAAAAUUAUCUCCUAAUUUCUAAGUUGUUGACUCUUUCCUGUCAAUUAAUUACAAAAUUUCAUGGGAACUGGUAGCAGGUCCUGAUUUAGCCAGUCAUGUGGCUGUUCAAGCCACAAUUUUGAAAGACCUCAAGUGCACAGCUAAGAUGAAACCUGUAGGUAAGUUAUCACAAAAGCAGAAGGCAGAACAGAAUCAUGCCUGAUAUUAAGCAGACUGGAAAAAAAAACCAAAACAAAACAAAACCAACACUAAUUUUUGCUCUUUGAGUAGAAUAAUUUUGGGAAAACUUGUUCUCUCUCUUACUUGAAGUUAAAAAAUGUGCUGAGGUGAAGUAUGGAAACUGAGAAAAGAUACUCUUUGAACAAGUUACCAGGUGUAUGAUGUACUACUCUUUUUGCAGUAUAUUUGUUGUUCAACAAGGCACUUAGAGCUAAUUAAAUGUCUGACAUUAUGCAGCUCUUAAGAUUAUUUUAUGAUAUGAAUACAUAAGUGUAGGAUCAGUAAAAUCAUAAAAGCAAGCUUUAAAAAUCAGAUCAUUAUUUAGGUCCUUUUUUGGUUAGUUAUGGGACCACCUCCUCAGCUUCUCCAAACUUGUAUUCCACUGAGUUCAUGUGGGUGACAGCAGUCUGCAGGAGCAGAGUGUUGAGCCCCCAGGUAUUUUUGUUUUAUCCAGACACUAACACCAUUUGAACAGGCUGGGUUUUUUUUUUUUUUUAAUUCCAAAUGUUUUGCUUUGAUUCUUCUUCUGAAAAGUGUGCUCUUGUAAUUUUGAUUUUCUGAAGUUUACAUUCAGUUUUUGGUUUAAGAUUGCACAUUUGGAUGAAAUAAACUGUUCUCUAAGUUUACAUUUGUAUAAGAAGUAAAAGAAUGACUCUGCCAAUGUGUUAAAAGAGAGAGAAAUGUCUUACUAUAACACAGGAAUUCUUCAGCCAUAAGGCAGUACCAUUAAAUUUAACCUGAUCACUGAUGCAUAGUAUCAGCUUUGUCUGUAUAAUUAAAAUGUGGGCCUUGGAUAUAUAGGGAGCACACCAAGGAAAAAAAUAUUUUUCAUCAUGAAUUCAAAUAUUGCCAAAUCAACUGAGGUUCAUUGUUGUUCAUAUGCUUUCCUGUGUGUUUAGAGCUUCAAUGACAAAAAUUAGGUGUGACAUAUGUCUUUUAUGAGCUGAAUUUACAGCCUGAUUUAAAAUUCCAAACAAAUACUUGUGAAUAAACACUGCACUGUUACACUGUAGAAGAUUUUACAAAAAAUAAAUGAGAUGUUUUGCUUUCUAGGCAAAAAUAUGGUUCUGAGCCUGCAAAUACAAUUUCAUGAAAGUUAUUUUAACUUCUGCCAAUAAGACCAUUAAAGGCAAUGGGAGUAUUUGCAUAAACUAAAACCACUGAUGUAUUAAAGAAAUUGUAGAUUUGCAUUUUAAGUUUGCUGUAAGAUGCCAAUCUAAUUCUAGAGUUUUCAGUUCUUGAAGAGUUAUGCAAGAUGUGUGAGCAUAUUUUAAGGUGGAGAGUACAUUGCUAUUUGCAUUGCCACUGUUUCUCACAGUUAAAGGGUUCUAAAGCAUAAGAAAGCUUACUCAGAACUUUCUUGUUGCUUUCCAGAUGUUUGUCUUUUACAUGAUAGAAUCUGACAAAAAACACAGCAAGUUUUCUGGGCAAUCAGGAACUUGUAGUAACAAUAAAACCAGCGAACAGUACUGUCUUCAGAGAAGUGCCUUGUAUAUUAAAUUCUGUAAGAAGCAAGUUGAUGUAAAUGUUAAUUUACCUCAUAUGUUUACAAAAUUGUGACUAAAUAAACUUUUUGUACCACA